AAGCUGAGAGAUGCAUGCGAGUCUACUGGAAUGUUUUACCUGACUGGUCAUGGGAUCUCUCCAGAGGAAAUGCAAAAAGCCUUCGAAUCUUCGAGGCAUUUCUUUGAAUUACCCGCAGAAACGAAGAAUGCUCUGCCCUGUAAGAAGGCAGGUGGAUUCACACGGGGGUACUUCUCAGUGGGUGAAGAGAGUGGAUCUCCUACCCUCUUUGAAGCAAAAGAAGCAUUUUCUUAUGGGUAUGAGUGGGAUCCUGAUCUUAAACCGGAAAACCCCUUGCAAGGACCCAACAUUUGGCCGGAUCUUCCUGGUUUUGGCUAUGAUUGGAGGCAGCCGUUGCAAAACAUAUUUACCAAGAAGGUCCAGAUAUCUGAACAACUCACAGAUGCGAUGGCUAUAGCUCUGGGCCUCGAGGCGGAUUCGUUUUCAGAUCUCUGUAAGGGCGGAGACACGAUCUCCCUCAUGCGGAUGUUCCAUUACCUUCCUUUGUUGUCGGCUUCUGCGAGCGUAAAGGAUAGCCGAUUGCCUCAGGAACUGAUUGGCAGCAGUCCACAUACUGACUGGGGCUGGUUGACAAUCAUUUUACAGGAUCCAACAGUAACUUCACUCCAACUGUUCGAUAGCAAGACGAAGAAGUGGUCUGAUGUUCCGCCGAUUCCUGGUCAUCUCCUUGUGAAUAUCGGAGAUUAUGUUUCCUUGAUGACAAAGUCGCGGUUCAAAUCUCCACUUCAUCGCGUGAAAAUCAAUGACCGCGAGAGAUAUUCCUUUGUAUUCUUUUACUACACUGCAUUCAAUGCCACUGUUCCAUCGUUAGAUGAG